AUUAUUCUUUCUUCAGUUCGAAAUCUCAACUUAUUAGAAUAUCAAAGCAAAAAACUUCUAGAUGAAGCAGGUGUUGCCAUUCAGAAAUUCAGAGUGUUAGAAUCUAAGAACGAUGAAGGAGUCUUGCAAGAUUUCAAUGUUAAAGAGUAUGUUGUGAAAGCUCAAAUCCUUGCUGGAGGACGCGGUAAAGGACAUUUCGAUAAUGGAUUUAAAGGCGGUGUUCAUUUGACCAAAGAUAAAAGUGAAGCACUUGAAUUGGCUGAUAAAAUGUUAGGUCAUCGUCUUAUCACAAAACAAACACCCGAAAGUGGAAUUGAAGUUAAAAAAGUCAUGGUAGCUGAUUCUAUUAACAUUGUUCGUGAAACAUAUUUCUGCAUUUUGUUGGAUAGAGAACAUAAUGGACCUGUGUUGAUUGCUUCAGAAGCUGGUGGAAUGGACAUUGAGCAAGUUGCUAAAGAAACGCCUGAGAAAUUGAAAACAGUUUCAAUUGAUCCAGCAAAAGGUCUUUCUCACUCUAUUGCUUUGGAGUUGGCAGAAUUUUUGGGUUUCAAAGGAGCUUUAGUUGAGAAAGCAGCACAUGAAAUUGAAAAACUUUAUGAACUUUUUGAAAAAGUAGAUGCUGUUCAGAUUGAAAUUAAUCCUUUGGCUGAGACUGAUGAUGGUCGCGUUAUUUCAGUUGAUGCAAAGUUGAAUUUUGAUGACAACGCUCAAUUCAGACAGAAGAAAAUCUUUGAAAUGGAAGACACGUCAGAAAGUGAUCCAAAAGAAGUUGAAGCAAGCAAAUACAAUCUUAAUUACAUUUCAAUGGAUGGUGGAAAUAUUGGAUGCAUGGUGAACGGUGCUGGACUUGCAAUGGCAACAAUGGACAUUAUUAAACUUAACAAAGGAGCUCCUGCAAAUUUUCUUGAUGUCGGCGGUAAUGUUAAAGAAGAUCAAGUGUUGAAAGCUUUCCAAAUUAUCACCAGUGACCAGAAUGUAAAAGCUAUUCUUGUCAAUGUUUUUGGAGGCAUUGUCAAUUGUGCAACAAUUGCAAAUGGAAUUGUGAAGGCAACUCAAUCAAUCAAUCUUUCAGUUCCACUAAUUGUACGUUUAGAAGGAAAUAAUGUGGAAGCUGCUCGAAAAAUAUUGAAAGAUUCGGGACUAAAUAUUUUAACAGCAUCUGAUCUUGAUGAUGCUGCUCGUAAAGCUUGUGCUGCAUUAAAAUGAUUCUAACUUUGUUAUAAAUUUUAAACGCUGUUAGUGUUACCACAGAAUGUCUUCGAGCUCUUUUUUUCUAAUGUAAUUUAAAACUUUUUUGCUUCAAUAGAUUUGAGGAAAUAAAAAUAACUUCGUAUAUACACA